AAUCCCUCCAAAUCUCUGUGUCUUCAUCUUCACUCACUCUUCAAAUUUCGAUGAAUCUCUAAUUUUCUUGCAUUUUUCCAUCCUCAAAGCUUUCCUCUUCAAGAUUUUUUAUUUGAUGGGAACUCUCACGAGCUGUAGUUUCAGCACUUCGAGCUUGGGGUUCCGUUCGCUUCCAAGAAGCCGCAGUGAUUCGGCGCUGAGGUUUCAGCUGUUUGGGCAUAAGAAUUCAUCAAAGAAUUUCUGUUUCUUGUGCAGACGGAAGUCAGAGAGAGAGAUUUUGAGUCGACAUUUUGGUAAGUUCGUGUGUCUUAGUGCGGACAAUGAUGGAAAUGGAGAUGAUAGGGACGCGUCGAAGGACUCCAGUGUGACCACCGUAUCGCCUGAAGAGGCCGAGGAGGCGAUUGGCAAGGAACGGGACGCGGAGAAGGCGCCGGCCUCUGUUUCUUCGAGGCCACCAGCUAUUUCUACCAUGGGACCAGCUUACAAUAAUUUCCAAGUGGAUUCUUUUAAGCUGAUGGAGCUCCUUGCACCUGAGAAGGUUGACCCUGUGGACAUCAAAGUAAUUAAAGAAAAGCUGUUUGGCUACUCGACCUUCUGGGUUACUAGAGAAGAGGCAUUUGGGGAGCUGGGUGAGGGCAUUCUCUUCCUUGGAAACUUGAGGGGGAAGCGAGAGGAGGUGUUUGCCAAACUCCAGAGUCGACUUACUGAAGUCAUGGGCAAUAAAUACAACCUUUUUAUGGUAGAGGAACCCAAUUCAGAAGGAACAGAUCCGCGUGGUGGGCCACGGGUUAGCUUUGGUAUGUUGCGGAGAGAAGUUUCUGAACCAGGGCCAACAACACUCUGGCAAUAUGUGAUUGCUCUCCUGUUAUUUCUUCUUACAAUUGGUUCCUCUGUGGAGUUGGGAAUUGCAUCUCAGCUAAAUCGACUUCCACCUGAAGUAGUCAAGUACUUCACAGAUCCAAAUGCCGUUGAACCACCGGAUAUGGAGCUGCUAUUCCCAUUUGUUGAAUCUGCUCUGCCACUGGCGUAUGGUGUUUUCGGGGUUCAGUUGUUUCAUGAAGUUGGGCACUUUCUGGCUGCUUUCCCGAAGAAAGUGAAUCUGAGUAUCCCUUACUUUAUUCCUAACAUUACAUUGGGCAGCUUUGGUGCAAUUACUCAGUUCAAAUCCCUUCUUCCUGAUCGAAGGACAAAAGUAGAUGUUUCUCUUGCGGGUCCAUUUGCAGGUGCUGGGCUGUCUUUUUCAAUGUUCUUUGUUGGUCUGCUGCUUUCAUCAAAUCCAGAUGCAUCGGGAGAUUUGGUGCAGGUUCCUAGCAUGCUAUUUCAAGGUUCUUUGCUUCUUGGGCUCAUUAGUAGAGCCACACUUGGUUAUGCGGCAAUGCAUGCUGCUACAGUUUCAAUCCAUCCUCUUGUGAUUGCAGGCUGGUGUGGCUUAACGACAUCAGCAUUUAAUAUGCUUCCGGUUGGGUGCCUUGAUGGCGGAAGAGCUGUGCAGGGUGCCUUUGGUAAAAAUGCUCUACUUGGAUUUGGUUUGACAACGUACUUGUUGCUUGGAUUGGGAGUGGUGAUGGAUUGCAGAGUCACCGUGCUUAUGAUUACAUGUUGUAUUUCACUACUAGUAUCGAUUGUUUUUCCUGUUUCAGCUGGGUGGACCCUUGUCACUUCCUUGGGCACUAUAUGUGCUGUUAUGUCAGAGGGCUCCAGAGAAGCCAUGCUUAAAUGAUGUGACUGAAGUUGGAACAUGGAGGAGGACCAUUAUUUUAGGGGCCAUUUUUCUCGUCGUAUUGACGCUUCUUCCUGUAUGGGAUGAACUGGCAGAAGAGCUGGGUAUAGGUCUUGUAACGACAUUUUAAUUCAUUGUACAGAGAUUAAAUCUGAUUUUGGCAAUAAAUUUGAAAGAGUACAUUUUGGUA